UACUACCAUGAUGAGGCUUGGAAUGAGUAUACUGCUCCAGACGGUCGUAAAUACUACUACAAUUCCAUUACACAAGAGAACACCUGGGAUAAACCUCAGGUUUUGAUUGAUAAAGAAGGUAUAGGAACGACAUCUGGAGUACAGCACGACGCAAUUGCUGAGGCACAAGCAAAGGCACAAGCUGCUUUAGCAGAGUAUCUCGCUCAGAGUAAGAAUAAUACUGCACAACAACAAUAUCAGCCUCCGGCAAAAAAAGUGGAAGAGAAGAAAGACAACACGCGUCCAAUCAGUAGUACACCAGUAAGUGGUACAGCAUGGUGUGUUGUAUGGACAGGUGAUGGGAAGGUAUUCUUCUAUAAUCCAUCAACAAAAACGUCUGUGUGGGAAAGACCUCCGGAAAUGUAUGGUAGAGCUGAUGUUGAUUUACUAGUCAGCAAAUGUCCCGAAAUAAAAAAAGAACAACAGAAGAGUGUUGGAGACUCAGACGAAGGUUCUGACGAUGAGGAGGGAGAAGAUGGAGAGCCAGCAAAGAAAAAAAGUAGAUCAGAGCGCAAAAAGGCGGCUCUCCUAGCUCAGCAGAAAAAAGAAAAGGAAAAACCAGUGCGUCAGAUGCUUGAGAAGCCUGUGGAUCCAGCUGUUGCUGCCGAACUGCAGGCUCAACGUGAUCGCGAAAAGCUACCUUUGGAAGAACGUCUUCUACAGUUCAAAACAAUGCUGGGGGAAAAAGGUGUUGCCACUGGCAGUACAUUCGAAAAAGAGCUGUCAAAGAUUGUCUUUGACCCUAGAUAUUUGCUGUUGAGUGCCACGGAGCGAAGAGCGUGCUUUGAUGCUUACGUUCGCGAGAAACUUGAGCAUGAACGUGCUGAAAAGAAGCGUCGCAUGAAGGAAGCAAAGGAGAAGUUCCAAGAGUUGCUCGCGGAAGCAGAGUUGCAUGGAAAAUCGUCGUUCUCUUCGUUUGGUUCAAAAUUUGGCAAAGACCCUCGUUUCAAAGCUGUGGAGAAGAUGCGUGAUCGUGAAGAUCUUUUCAAUGAAUUUGUCGGAGAAUUACAUAAAAAGGAAAAGGAAGAACGAAGAGAGAAGAAGGAAAAGAAAGAUUACCUAGCAAUGCUUGCUGAACAAACGAGUUUCACUCGGAAGACAAAAUGGUCGUCGGCAAAAAAGUUACUCGAGAACGACGAACGUUUUAAAGCUGUUGAAAGUUCUUCAUCAAGAGAGCAGAUGUUUCGUGAUCACGUUGAGAAACUUGGUGACGAGAGCUUAUCAGAUAUUGAAGAAGAAGCUGAACGCGAGAAACGUCUAGCAGCCGAUGCUGCGAUUGCUGCAAGACAGCGCGAAGUGGAAGCCGAACUAGGAGACAAGCUUCGUGAGCGGGAUCUUGAAAGUGAACGACAUCGUUUACAGGAGCACCAAGAGCGCUUCAAUGCGCUCCUUGUAGAUUUGGUGAAGUCUGCAGAAGCAACAUGGCACGAAGCUAGGCGUAUUCUUCGAAAAGAUGAGCGCUACGCAGAAUGUGACUUGUUGGACAAGGAGAAGAAAGAAAACGCAUUUAACGAACAUGUACGUAAUCUUGAAAAGAAGCGGCGUGAUGCGUUCUUUGCUGUACUGGACGAGCAUUCAAAAAUUACUACUCAAACACGAUGGAAAGAGGCGCGACGUAUUAUUCAAGACGAGGAGGAGACGUUUUCGAAAGUCGCUAGCAAUAGUGAAAGAAAAGUCGAGCGGGAUUAUAGAGACUGGCAAGAAAUGCGACACGACAAUGCGGUGCGCGAGUUUAAAGAUCUGCUGAAGGAAACGAAAAUCAUCACGUAUAAAAGCAAACGUAUGAUAGAAGAGAACGAACAACACUUGAAAGACAUUCUUGCUGUUCUUGAGAAUGAUAAGCGUUGGAUGCGCAUGUCUGAGAAUCAUGCUUCGGAACGUGAUAGAAUUUUGGAUGAGUAUAUCGAAGUUCUUCACAGAAAGGGUACACCACCACCGCCGACACAACAAGAACGUGAGCGGCGACGGAAAGAAACUGUUUGA